CAGCAUCGGUCGCCGAAGUUUCGCUUACUGCGAAAAAAGAGAAGCUGGCAAUUACAUCACCACAGAAAGGAUAUUGGGUCCUACCUUCUUCAUAGUAGUACUCGUACUCGUACUCACGGCAGAUUCCAUUACCUCCGAAGCUGAUGGCCAAUUCGAGGAGUGUGUGUUAAGUAUAAUGGAGCUCAGCGAAAUAGUGAAACAGCGGGGGAAUUUUUAGCACAAUCCCCUUGUGCACAUUGUUGAAGGUUAAUGGCGGAUUAAUGUGUUAAUGGCUCAAUCGGCUCAUUAGCCAGGUUAUCGAAUCUUCUGAUAACGUCCCAGCAGUAAUACGAUCUCUUGCAGCCAUGUUCCGGAUUACACCAAGUGAUACAGUCAAGUGAUGAGGAUGGUUUCUGUGCCUGGUACCGUGGUGCUGCUGCUAGUGUUGCUGAUCACGCUGGAACGAGGAGAUGCCUUUCUGCCGAUUAUGAACCUGUACCGGGACGCCGGGAUGGCGUGCCGCUGGUACAAUAUGCCGCCGUACGCGAAUGCCAUCGCCAGCCAGGGCACGAACGGGGGCAGCGUAAACUAUCUUACCGGCCUGUCGACCAUGCUUAACCGUCUGUAUCCCGAUGCCUUCACCGGAAUGGGGUCGCAAACGCGCCCGCGAGUGGUGGUGCGUGUUGAGGAGACGGACACAUUGCGGAACAGGAACGGCAUCGCAGUCCCGGCAGGCACGUCCGGCGGUAAUGGAAACCGUGAGUUAGAUUACUACUACUACGAAACAGAUCCGCAGUACAAUUACGAGGAGGACGGUUAUGCAUACGAUGAUUACAGUGAUCCUGGCGAAUAUGCGGACACUGUUACGUAUUAUGACAUGCCUUCGGCGAACGUACGGAGAACCGGCAACGUCUUUCAGACGUGGUACGGGUCAGGUGUCAAUGCGCCGUCGACGACCGGCAACACUAACGCGUGCAAUGUAUGCGCAACUUCAGCAUUGCUCAGCUUCCUGAUGGGAUAAUAAAGAGACACGAAACGCGUGUGCGUGUGUCAAGUUGCAUCACA